AUCCCAGAUCUCAGAUAUCCCCCAUCACCUCUCCCAUCUCCCCGCCCAUUCUCCUCCUCCCUCAAGACACACACCCAGCAAAAUGUCGCACGCACGCAUAGAAGAAGUCUCCGACUCCGACUCCGACCCCUCCGAGGGCCGCCUCUCCGAGCUCUCCGACUCGGACUUCGACGAGCGCGAGAUCCUCAAAGCGCGCCCCUCUCAAGUCGGCAAACCCCGCGCUCCCCCCCCAGCCUCCGCCGCCCAACAGCAGUCCCUCCUCGACCCAACCCUCGUCCCCUCAGCAGACGGCACGAAUUUCCAACCCACGACCGAUGACGCGAAGUACCGCGACUUCCAGUGUCUGUACCCUGUGUACUUUGACAAGAACCGGAGUCGGGCGGAGGGGAGGAGGGUCGGGAGGGAGUUGGCGGUGGAGAAUCCGAUGGCGAGGGAGAUUGUGAAUGCGUGUGGGAGGUUGAGGUUGGAGACGCUGUUUGAGCCGACGAAGUUGCAUCCGAAGGAUUGGAGUAAUCCGGGGAGGGUGAAGGUAAGGGUUAAAGGGGGGGGUAAUAAGAAUGUGCAGACCAAACACCACCUCUACCUCCUCGUCGCCGCCCACCUCCAAGCCCACCCAACAACCACAGCAACAGCAAUCCAAGUCCGCGUCCCCGGCGCCCCCCCCCCCGACCCCUCCAAACCCUACCCCGUCCCCGCCAUCCCCCACGGCUGGAAAAUGGGCUCUAUCCUCCCUUACUACAGCCCUGCCAUGUCGGGGGGAGGGGUCAGCGAUAACUUCUUCAAGGAUAUGAUGGCCGAGAUGGGAGGGCAGCUGCCGCCGGGGAUGGAGGGGAUGAUGAAUGCGACGGGUGCCGGAGGGGGGGGGGCGGAGGGGGGGAAGCCGAAGAAGGUUAAGAGGAAGAUUAUUAGGGCGUGA